GCGCCGCCUCUCACUCACCGCCUCCCUUCUUUCUCCCUCCGCCUCCCGAGCACCAGCGCGCUCUGAGCUGCCCCCGGGGUCCCUCCCCCGCCGCCAGCAGCCCAUUUGGAGGGAGGAAGUAAGGGAAGAGGAGAGGAAGGGGAGCGGGAGCGACUACCCAGAAAGAGCCGGUGAAUGGGCUUGUGGUGACCCCCGCCCCCCACCCCACCCUCCCUUCCCACCCGACCCCCAACCCCCAUCCCCAGUUCGAGCCUCCGCCCGAAAGGCCGGGCCGUCGUCUUAAGAGGAGUCGCCGUCGCCGCCACCUCCGCCAUGGAGCUGAUCACCAUCCUCGAGAAGACCGUGUCUCCUGAUCGGCUGGAGCUGGAAGCGGCGCAGAAGUUCCUGGAGCGUGCGGCCGUGGAGAACCUGCCCACUUUCCUUGUGGAACUGUCCAGAGUGCUGGCAAAUCCAGGAAACAGUCAGGUUGCCAGAGUUGCAGCUGGUCUACAAAUCAAGAACUCUUUGACAUCUAAAGAUCCAGAUAUCAAGGCACAGUAUCAGCAGAGGUGGCUUGCUAUUGAUGCUAAUGCUCGACGAGAAGUCAAGAACUAUGUUUUGCAGACGUUGGGCACAGAAACUUACCGGCCUAGUUCUGCCUCACAGUGUGUGGCUGGUAUUGCUUGUGCAGAGAUCCCAGUAAACCAGUGGCCAGAACUCAUUCCUCAGCUGGUGGCCAAUGUCACAAACCCCAACAGCACAGAGCACAUGAAGGAGUCGACAUUGGAAGCCAUCGGUUAUAUUUGCCAAGAUAUAGACCCAGAGCAGCUACAAGAUAAAUCCAAUGAGAUUCUGACUGCCAUAAUCCAGGGGAUGAGGAAAGAAGAGCCUAGUAAUAAUGUGAAGCUAGCUGCUACUAAUGCACUCCUGAACUCAUUGGAGUUCACCAAAGCAAACUUUGAUAAAGAGUCUGAAAGGCACUUUAUUAUGCAGGUGGUCUGUGAAGCCACACAGUGUCCAGAUACGAGGGUACGAGUGGCUGCUUUACAGAAUCUGGUGAAGAUAAUGUCCUUAUAUUAUCAGUACAUGGAGACAUAUAUGGGUCCUGCUCUUUUUGCAAUCACAAUCGAAGCAAUGAAAAGUGACAUUGAUGAGGUGGCUCUACAAGGGAUAGAAUUCUGGUCCAAUGUCUGUGAUGAGGAAAUGGAUUUGGCCAUUGAGGCUUCAGAGGCAGCAGAACAAGGACGGCCCCCUGAGCACACCAGCAAGUUUUAUGCCAAGGGAGCACUACAGUAUCUGGUUCCAAUCCUCACACAGACACUAACUAAACAGGACGAAAAUGAUGAUGACGAUGACUGGAACCCCUGCAAAGCAGCAGGGGUGUGCCUCAUGCUUCUGGCCACCUGCUGUGAAGAUGACAUUGUCCCACAUGUCCUCCCCUUCAUUAAAGAACACAUCAAGAACCCAGAUUGGCGGUACCGGGAUGCAGCAGUGAUGGCUUUUGGUUGUAUCUUGGAAGGACCAGAGCCCAGUCAGCUCAAACCACUAGUUAUACAGGCAAUGCCCACCCUAAUAGAAUUAAUGAAAGACCCCAGUGUAGUUGUUCGAGAUACAGCUGCAUGGACUGUAGGCAGAAUUUGUGAGCUGCUUCCUGAAGCUGCCAUCAAUGAUGUCUACUUGGCUCCCCUGCUACAGUGUCUGAUUGAGGGUCUCAGUGCUGAACCCAGAGUGGCUUCAAAUGUGUGCUGGGCUUUCUCUAGUCUGGCUGAAGCUGCUUAUGAAGCUGCAGACGUUGCUGAUGAUCAGGAAGAACCAGCUACUUACUGCUUAUCUUCUUCAUUUGAACUCAUAGUUCAGAAGCUCCUAGAGACUACAGACAGACCUGAUGGACACCAGAACAACCUGAGGAGUUCUGCAUAUGAAUCUCUGAUGGAAAUUGUGAAAAACAGUGCCAAGGAUUGUUAUCCUGCUGUCCAGAAAACGACUUUGGUCAUCAUGGAACGACUGCAACAGGUUCUUCAGAUGGAGUCACAUAUCCAGAGCACAUCCGAUAGAAUCCAGUUCAAUGACCUUCAGUCUUUACUCUGCGCAACUCUCCAGAAUGUUCUUCGGAAAGUGCAACAUCAAGAUGCUUUGCAGAUCUCUGAUGUGGUUAUGGCCUCCUUGUUAAGGAUGUUCCAAAGCACAGCUGGGUCUGGGGGAGUACAAGAGGAUGCCCUGAUGGCAGUUAGCACACUGGUGGAAGUGUUGGGUGGUGAAUUCCUCAAGUACAUGGAGGCCUUUAAACCCUUCCUGGGCAUUGGAUUAAAAAAUUAUGCUGAGUAUCAGGUUUGUUUGGCAGCUGUGGGCUUAGUGGGAGACUUGUGCCGUGCCCUGCAAUCCAACAUCAUACCUUUCUGUGACGAGGUGAUGCAGCUGCUUCUGGAAAAUUUGGGGAAUGAGAAUGUCCACAGGUCUGUGAAGCCGCAGAUUCUGUCAGUGUUUGGUGAUAUUGCCCUUGCUAUUGGUGGAGAGUUUAAAAAAUACUUAGAGGUUGUAUUGAAUACUCUUCAGCAGGCCUCCCAAGCCCAGGUGGACAAGUCAGACUAUGACAUGGUGGAUUAUCUGAAUGAGCUAAGGGAAAGCUGCUUGGAAGCCUAUACCGGAAUCGUCCAGGGAUUAAAGGGGGAUCAGGAGAACGUACACCCGGAUGUGAUGCUGGUACAACCCAGAGUAGAAUUUAUUCUGUCUUUCAUUGACCACAUUGCUGGAGAUGAGGAUCAUACAGAUGGAGUAGUAGCUUGUGCUGCUGGACUAAUAGGGGACUUAUGUACAGCAUUUGGGAAGGAUGUACUGAAAUUAGUAGAAGCUAGGCCAAUGAUCCAUGAAUUGUUAACUGAAGGGCGGAGAUCGAAGACUAACAAAGCAAAAACCCUUGCUACAUGGGCAACAAAAGAACUGAGGAAACUGAAGAACCAAGCUUGAUCUGUUACCAUUGGGAUGAUAACCUGAGGACCCCCACUGGAAAUCUCCAAUCUUUUGAAAAACCUGGAAGUGAGGAGUGUGCACGGAUGCUGAAUGUUUGGGAAUGAGAGGAUGAGUGAGUGAGGCUUGAAAACACACCACAUUGAAAAUCCUGCCACAGCAGCAGCCGCAGCCGCCAACAGCAGCGCUGUUAGUGAGCUAAGUAAGCACUGACUUCGUAGAAAACCAUAACAUCGGCCAUAUUGGAAAAGAGAAAAACAAUGGAGUUACUUAUUUAAAAAAAAGAAAGAAAGAAAGCUAUCUCUUCCCAGGAGAGGCUAGAUAGAAGUAGCUUUUCUGUCUUUUGGCCGGUGCCUAGUGGAAUGCCUGGUUUGGGUGAGGAGGAGGGACUGGGUUCAGCUGUGGUGCUUUGUUGUAAAAGGCAGCCUGGCCUUUGCUACUGAGGAGAAAGAUGGAGCCUGGGUCUCAAGCCCACCUUCGCUGUACCUUUGCCACAUGGUACUGUAUGCUUGCCGGCUAGAAGGAGGGUGAGGGAUUUUUUACAGUCUGAGAAUGAGUGUGUGUGAGUGAGGCGGUAUCCACAUUCUCAACUUCAAGUCAUUGCAGUUUCUUUUUCCCAGAAAACAAGGGGUUAGAUGUUGCAUUUCAUAAAACUAACCGAAGUUCUGUCUACUGAUGCAGCACAAGAGAUGUAAAAAAAAAAAAAAAAAAAAAAAAAAAAAAAAAACACACACACACACAGGAAAGACGCUCUUUAGGUUUUGUUUUUUUUUUGUUUUUUUGGUUUUGUUUUUUGUUUUUUUUUACUCUAGGGAAAACACUGACGAAUGGUCAGAGCUCCUAUCCUGAUCUUUUCAUCAAGGCGCCUUUCCUAAUAAUAUGGUUCAACUGUGAAUGUAGAAGUGGGGGGGAGGGGGGAGAAAAAGAAAACUCUGGCGUUAGAGGAUAUAGAAAAAUAAUAAGUACAAUUGUUACAAAUAACGCAGACUUCAAAAACAAAAGAGUCACAAACCCAAACAAACCAAAAUUUAAAUGAUCAGAAUUGGCAGCACAAAGAAAACGCCCUCUCCUGACUUGUAUUGUGGCAGUCUGAACGCCCCGAGAAAAUUGUGCCAAAGAGUUUAGAAAAAUAAAUAUACAGUAAAAGUAAACACACACAUACACACAAAACAGCAAACUUCAGGUAACUAUUUUGGAUUGCAAACAGGAUAAAUUAAAUGUUCAAACAAUCUGAUAAAAUAACCAUUUGGAAACUGCUUGGCCUUCUGUUCUUUUAUUUGAUUGACUACAAUGCGGUAUUGGUCUCUUGCUGCACUUCAAAACCAACCAACCAAACAAAAACAAAAAAAAAAGUGUGUGUGUGUGAAUGCACAAACACACUAACUAGAACUCUUGUGAUGAAAAUGGCACUUGAAAAAGGUUUUAUUUUUCCACUGAAGUUGAAGGUUAAUAAAAUGGUGUCAAACGUCCCCUGGUCACACACUUUAAUAUUUUUUUAGAGGUGUGAUGUGGUAUGAUUACCAUAAAUCAGACUUAAUUAUUUUCCCUUUUACAAGGGAACAGGGCAUCCUGAAUUUUAGAGUCUUUCAGCAAUAAGAAGGGAUGUUGGUGAGCUUUGAUCCUCUUUUGGUUUUGCAGUUGUUAGGAGUUUUUGCUGGCAUUUUGAAUAUGCUGCUUUCAGAAAAACCAAGGAAGUUUUAAAAUUGCUUCCUGGUCCUUAGAGGACUAAAAACAAGACCCUCAUUCCCACUUUCAUUUCCACUCUAGCAAAAAGUAUGGGCUUGUGUUUUUCUCCCAACUCCUUGUUUAUAUCUUCCCUUCCAUGUCCAAGCCUUCCAUUCAUAAGUGGGAUUGGCUCAGUUUUGCCCAUCCAUAUGGCAGCAUCUCUAAUAGCUCUUGUACAGGGUAUCAGAUAUUGUGCCUUUUGGUGCCAGGUUCAAAGUCAAGUGCCGAUCUAUGAACCAGUGUACAAAAAAAAAAAAAAAUCCAGGUAUUUGAAGGAGAGACGCUCCAUUGUGAAUAAAGAGCUUAUACCAGCUCCUAAGCCCUAUUAAGAAGAGGCCUGAUCCUCUAAUGCCUUGUUUCCAUUUCAGUUGUUCUUUGAGAGACAGAAUGAUGUACUAACCAUUCCUGAUUAUUAGAUAGGGUUGGGUCAGGGCUUAGGGAGGGGGCAGAAAUAUUGGGGAUAGAAAAAAAAUCUGAUCAUUCCUCAGUGCUACCCAUUUCUGUCCUGUGUGGGCUGCUUAGCUAGACAGCAGGAGAAUAAAGUACACCGAGAACCAUAAUGAAAAAACCUUCCGUGUGUUUUGUCAUGUUUUGUUCCAGGGAAGCAGUUGAUGAGUGCUGUUACUAAUGCUUUCUCCCAGAUCCAUUCAGUGGUGGAGAGGAGGAAAAUGGGCUGGUUGGAUGUGGUCUUGGUGCCUUGCAGUUACUCUGCACUGGUUAUGCAUUUAAUCCUCCUCUUUUCUAGUUAAGCUUUUGCUAGUGGAUUUUCCAUAGUCUGGGUAUUUGACCUUAAAUCACUUAUACCACCUAAGGCAACUGGAUGCAAAAUGCAUUCUGUUCACUCACUGUCUGGGCCUUCCCCACCCUAGUCUUGGCACAUUCCUUCAAGAAUGUAAUUACCGUCUGCUUGGGAAGAUGUCAGUGCAAAUGUGAAGAAAAUGGGCGUCGGACUAGGCUUUGGUUUGCCACAAGUGGCAGCUGCCUAUAUCAAUUUUACAUUUAUUAACUUUGCUUUUCAUUUUUCCCGGUUCUGCUCAGCCCCGCUCUGUUGAAAUGUUAGACUUCUUGUGUCAGAGGCAACUGUAAUAUUGCCUUAGGGACUUGUGGAGAAGGAGAAUUGCUCAGCGUAGUGUUUUAACUUUCAGAACCAAGCAAUCUAUUUACUCUUACAAAUAUUUAAGAAGUGUGUUAGUCUGACUUUAAGAAAAAUCCAAACUCCAUCAGCUUUUGAUAGCACCUUGGUUUUUGAAACAACUUCAAUCUGUUAUUGGCAUUCAGAAUGCCCUUGGCAUGCCAGUCUGAUGGCAUUUAAGACCUGUAAAACACUUGAGCCCAAUUCGAUUAACCAAAACCGAUAACCACCACCUUUAUCUUCUAAAUAAAGUCCGCUUUAUUUUUAUUUUCAA